GGGAAGGGCCGAGCGCGGAAUGGCAGGGCCGGGCCGGCGCGUCCAUCUUUAUAGCGCGCACCGAGCUGUCACAAAGGGGUCGCCGCAGCGCCCGCCACCCGGGGACCCGAUCCGAUGAGGAACUGAGGCACAGAGAAGUGAAGUGACUUACUUGCCCAAGGUCACACAGCAGACAAGCAGCAGAGCCGGGAUUAGGCCUUCCAGGCUGAGUCUCUUUCCACUAGGCCAUGCUGCUUCUCGCGGCUUUCUUCCAACACAUCCCUGGACACAUGUUUGCUGAAUAAUUUCUGUGUCAUCGACCUCAUUCUUUCAGCGCCCUGACCGCUCACUAAUGGGGAUAACCUGCAGCAGAAUUUUGGCCAGUUUUCCCAUCCAAGCUUUGGAGAUAUGGUUUCCAACUGAGUUCUUUCACCCUGCCUGUGCUUCUACCCUAUCCAGGCCUGCUUCCGAAUGCCCCAGAUCAAUUUUAGCCAAUAAUGUUGGCACCCGACUCUUCCAUCUCAUCUCCAUUCCACGGCGUGAAAACGAUGCAAAAACCUCAAUUCAAGAUCCCGGAAACAGUCCUCCGAAAACUUUCUAAAUGAUCGUCAUUGCUCUGGUUGUGUUCUAUGCUAGCAGAAGCCUGCUCCCAGGUUUCCUGCUGUCGCUAGAGCAGCACGUGGCCAGCUUGCUGGGAACCCCCGGGACCCCAAACAUGGGCAACUCUUGCAUUUGCCGGGACGAUAGCGCCGAGGAUAACGCCGACCCCCGCCAUCAGCAGACGGAGAACAGCGUCCUACCGGCGGCCGAAACCAGGAGCCACCUGAGGGACCCUGUGAGGCCACCCAGGAGGGGGAGGGGACCUCAUGAACCCAGAAGGAAAAAGCAAAACGUGGAUGGGUUGGUGCUGGACACUUUGGCAGUAAUCAGGACGCUUGUAGAUAAUGACCAGGAACCUCCCUAUUCAAUGAUCACAUUGCACGAAAUGGCAGAAACAGAUGAAGGAUGGUUGGAAGUUGUCCAGUCUUUAAUUAGAGUUAUACCGUUAGAAGAUCCACUGGGACCAGCUGUUAUAACGUUACUACUGGAUGAGUGUCCUUUGCCUACUAAAGAUGCUCUGCAGAAGUUGACCGAAAUUCUAAAUUUAAAUGGAAAUGUUGCCUGCCAGGAUGCAAGUCACCCUGCCAAACACCGUAACACAACUGCAGUUCUAGGAUGCUUAGCUGAGAAACUGGCAGGUCCUGCAAGUAUAAGCUUACUUAGCCCAGGAAUUUUGGAAUAUUUGCUUCAGAGUCUGAAUUUCCAGUCCCAUCCUACAGUAAUGCUUUUUGCACUAAUCGCAUUGGAAAAGUUUGCACAAACAAGUGAAAAUAAAAUGACUGUUUCUGAAUCCUGUAUCAGUGACCGGCUUGUCAUGUUGGAGACUUGGGCAGAUAACCCUGACUACCUGAAACGCCAAGUUGGUUUCUGUGCUCAGUGGAGUUUAGACAAUCUCUUUUUAAAAGAAGGCAGGCGAUUCACAUAUGAAAAGGUUGAUUUGAUUACAAUAAAGGCCAUGUUAAAUAGCAAUGAUGUUAGUGAAUACCUGAAGAUCUCACCACAUGGACUGGAGGCUCGCUGUGAUGCCUCUUCUUUUGAAAGUGUGCGCUGCACUUUCUGUGUUGAUUCUGGGGUUUGGUAUUAUGAAGUCACAGUGAUCACUUCAGGAGUAAUGCAGAUCGGCUGGGCCACCAAGGACAGCAAAUUUCUUAAUCAUGAAGGUUACGGAAUAGGGGAUGAUGAAUACUCCUGCGCGUAUGAUGGCUGCCGGCAGCUGAUCUGGUAUAAUGCCCGAAGUAAACCACAUUCCCACCCCUGCUGGAAAGAAGGAGACACAAUAGGAUUUUUAUUAGACUUGCAAGAAAAGCAAAUGGUCUUCUGCUUAAAUGGUAACCAACUUCCUUCUGAAAAGCAAGUCUUUUCGUCGGCUGUAUCUGGCUUUUUUGCCGCAGCUAGCUUCAUGUCAUAUCAACAGUGUGAGUUCAAUUUUGGAGCAAAACCAUUCAAAUUCCCACCACCUAUUAAAUUUAGCACUUUUAAUGACUACGCUUUCUUAUCGCCAGAAGAAAAAAUAAUUCUGCCAAGACACCGGCGCCUGGCUCUAUUGAAGCAAGUUAGUAUUCGAGAAAACUGCUGCUCACUUUGUUGUGAUGAAGUAGCAGAUACUGAACUCAAACCUUGUGGACAUAGUGACCUGUGCAUGGACUGUGCCUUGCAACUGGAGAACUGCCCAUUAUGUCGACAAGAAAUAGUGACUAGGGUCAGACAGAUCUCUCAUAUUUCAUGACACACGUGGAGAAGCUUCAUGGACUUAAUUUCUUAUCAAUUCCAGCUGACGGCAUAAGGAACAAGGACCUCUCACCAGUCGUACGGACAUCCAAACUCUAACCAUGGCCAGAUCGAAAGCUAAGCAGCAGUUUGUCUGAUUUCAGGCAAAAUUCUAGAAUCCUUUAACUCAACUCGGUCCGGGAAAUUACUUUUUUUUUUCUUUCAAAUUAAGGGAGAGCCAUAUGCUCUGGCUGACUAAAGACUAAAUCUUGUCUCCAAGAAGACAAAAGGAGACAGCCUUCAAAAAGGGCUGAAAUGGAAUUUUUGCACUGGAAUUACAUGUGGAACACAUUCGAUUGUCCUAAAUCCAGAUGAGCUGUCCCUAACUCUGAAUUCUUUAUUUUUGGCAGACGUUAAUAAGGAGAAGUGAUUUGCCGGUGUUUCUUGGUUUAAGUAUAGCUUCCUGCUGGUCAGAGACUGUAUGUUGACUGCAAGAUUUGAAUCUGUAAAAUGUAAACACGUCUUACCUGCAAGUUACAUGAAGGACCUGGAAGAAAGUGCACAGACUAUAGAGGAAAAAUCCCAACUUUUUGAUAACUCAGUGAUUCCAAAGAACAUCCUAAUUUUUUUUUAACUACGGAAGAUUGGUGGUAUUUUCACAUUCAUAGUGUUUUUAGCCAAUUUCGGUACCCACAUUUUGUGAAAGAAAUAAUGUUUUACUGAUGCAGGUGGAAUUCUACAAUAAUAGCAAUGCUGGACUGAAGAAAAUUUCAUAUUUAGGGUAUUUUUUAAAGAUACCAUCAAUCAGUUUUUUUUUAAUCUAUUGUUUUUGCAAGCAAUGUACCUUUGAAACUUUUGAAUACUCAAGGCCUGGAAAAGGAUUUUGAGAAAGUAUUGAUAUUGUUUUAAAUAAAUUCAUGUUAUUUGAAUAGUAAAUUCAAUCAUGAAUUGUUGACUGUCUUCAUGAGAAAGUAUAUCCCCCAGAGUUUCUUCAGUUAAAAUCAGAACAGUGAAAAGUAGAAGUGUAAAUUGAGAGCCCUUACUUUUUACAAGGUUUUAUCUCAUCAGUUGACUUUUAUUUUACAGCAACUACUUACUGAAAUUAUGCUUAAACAGAGUCUUUUGAGUUUUACAAUGUCUUAAAUUUUCUGCACAUUUUUUUCUUCCCACUGAUUUAAAAAAAAAAAAAAGAUUCCAACGAGUUUAACUUCAUUUCAAAAGAAAACGUCAUUUUUUCCCCUUUCCUACCACUUCCCCUCUGUAAAGUUAUAGUAACAACUGAAACCUCUGUCAUGAGAGAGUUGAUUUCGUUCCUGACUGUACUGUAAGCUGUUGGUUUGAUGUCUUCAGGCUUCCAUAAAUUCUAAGGAUUAAUGCUCUUCCUUUCAGGUCUUAGUUUGUGCUGAAUACAGUAAUUUUCAUUGAAUAAACAACUUGUUGGCAUUUUUGUUCA